GACGAGGUUAAAUGCCCCAGUCAUUAGAUUGGGUAAAGUCUAGGCUCGUUGUCACCUUCAGCCCUGAUUUUGACAGUCGAAGGUUUCCAGUGCCCGUGAGCGUAUGCUCCUGACGUAUUCGGGGAUCGGAUCAAUUUCCCCAUUUACGUAGUGCGAAUCGGAUUGAAUAUGCAUGAAAUUAUCACCCUGCAGCUCGGCCAACGAGCAAAUUAUCUGGCUACGCACUUCUGGAAUCUUCAAGAAUCUUACUUUACAUACAAUGAGGAUGAAGAGUCCCCCGUAGAUCAUGAUGUUCACUUUCGACCUGGUGUCGCAGCAGAUGGUACAGAGACCUUCACUCCUCGAACUGUUAUCUAUGACUUGAAAGGGGGAUUCGGCACUCUGCGCAAAUACAAUGCCCUCUACCAGCUGCCAGAGGAUGCGAAUCCCGGUCAAGGACUGUGGGACGGAAAAGAGGUCCUACAGCAACAGACCCCCAUCCUUCAGAGUAAUUACCAGAAGAACCUGGAUGCAGGGCUCCCCGCUCCCCCGCUAUCUUCUGAGACAGUUCGAUACUGGUCAGACUAUAAUCGUCUCUUCUACCACCCGCGAUCAAUUGUUCAGCUGAAUGAGUACGAGCUGAACUCCAAGAUCAUGCCAUUUGAGGACUGGGGUGUAGGGGAGGAACUCUUUAACGAUCUCGACAAGGAGCAUGAUUUGUUAGAUCGGGACCUGAGGCCCUUUGCCGAAGAGUGCGACCAAAUGCGCGCAAUCCAGCUUUUCACAGGCUCAGAUGAUGCAUGGGGUGGCUUCGCUGCCCAGUAUGUCGACAGAAUUCGGGAUGAGUAUGGCAAGAAGGCAGUCUGGGUGUGGGCUGUAGAGAAUGGCCGCAAGGUUGACCGGCAAACCCAAUACAAGCGUGAUCUGAAUAAGUCCCGGUCCAUCUACGCUAUUUCUCCUCAAGCUUCUCUAUAUACGCCUAUCGUCGACCCGCCUAGCCGGCUACCGUCAACGAUUCAUGUCGACCCUCACUCCGAGUGGUACACUUCAGCACUAAUCAGUUCCGCUUUGGAAACUGUGACACUUCCCACCCGUCUUCGCCCGUAUCACGACUUUGAGGCCUCAUUGGCAGGGGACGAUGGCGUCCACAAGAUAUUCGAGCUUCAGUCUACGAUUGUGCCAGAUGACGAGGUUGCCGAGCACUCCACGCAAGGUCCUAAGACGCACGCCGAUCAAGAAGAGAACACGGAAGGCCCAAAGCCCCAGACCAAAUUCGAACUGGACUUCACAUACAACGGCCUGGACAGCGACACCGCUCAUAUCUUCAAUCAACUUCAAGUGUCGCGUGGCAUAACCACCGAGCGGAAAGGCCAGUCCCCUAGUGAGGACCUGGGUACCGUGCGCAGGCAACGACUCUACAAUUCCGAGCCCAUGUUCCAGAGAUUUCAUGCGCCGCUGGCGUUCCCCAUCCUGGAUAGCUUCCCUCACAACAUGUUCACUCCUCCCCAGGCAAAGGAGAAGGUCCAAGUGCUUGCAGCGUUGACAGCUUCCUCCCGAACGGCCGAGAAGCUUAAGGUGCUAGAGACGCUCGCCGGGCGAGUCGCACAAGUGGAUGAGAGGGAGGCACUAGUCAACGGGUUGGGCGAGAUUAGAGAGUCGUAUGAGACUGGUUGGAUGAGCGACUCCGACUUUGAUGACGAUUAGACGUAUGGAGCAGCAAGUACGAGACAUGAAAAACAUAUCUCCAUGUGUUCAU